CGUCAUAUCCCUGUACUCUCCACUUAUUCACUCACAAAACACACUAAUGGAAUCAAAGUCCUUACGUUUCCUCUUCUCCUUCGUCGCCAUAGCUUUCCUGCUCCUCCUCACAUGGACUCACCUCCUCCACGCGCCACCCCCUGACCUCACCACCCUCAUUGACUGCGCCACUAACUCUCACUGGUGCACCUCCAAGAACCGGUUCCAGUCCAAACAAGAACAACCCACAGUCACCAAAGAGCCAGGCGCCUCCACCUUCGACCGGGUCCGCCGCCGCCGCCACGAGUCAGCUGUCCCUCGCCAUCCACUCGACCCGCUCACUGUCCAAGAGUUCAACAAGGUCCGCUCCAUUCUUUCUUCCCACGCGCUCUUCAAGUCAUCCAAUAACUACGCGUCCCAUUCCGUUGUCCUGGAGGAACCCGACAAAGACCUUGUCCGUCAAUGGGAAAAAGGCCAACCGCUCUUCCCCAGAAUAGCCUCCGUCGUGGCACGCGCCAAUGGGGUGUCACACGUGCUGAGCGUCAACCUAGAAACCGACGAAGUGAACGUUCUAAACACGGUUCCUCCGACCGGUUACCCGACGAUGACGAUAGAAGACAUGACGUCGUCUAUCUGGGCUCCACUUUCGAACGCCAAGUUCAACCGUACGAUCAUGGAUCGAGGGGUCAACCUCGAUGAUUUGGCGUGCCUACCCAUCUCCUUGGGAUGGUUCGGGAAAAAAGAGGAGAACCGGAGGUUAAUCAAGGUCCAGUGCUACUCCAUGAAAGACACUGUAAACUUUUACAUGAGACCAAUCGAAGGUUUAACUGUCUUACUCGACAUGGACACGAAAGAAGUGGUGGAGAUAUCGGAUACGGGCCGGGCCAUUCCGAUACCGAAAGCCGCCAACACCGACUACCGUUUCUCGGAGCAGAAGAAGCUUCAGCAGGAGCUCAACUUACUAAACCCCAUAUCCAUUGAACAGCCCAAGGGUCCGAGUUUUGUCAUAGAAGAUGAACAUUUGGUGAAAUGGGCAAAUUGGGAAUUUCAUUUGAAACCCGACCCGAGAGCUGGUGUGGUGAUUUCCCGGGCUAAGGUCCGUGACCUUGACGGUGAGGUGAUGAGGGAUGUGAUGUACAAAGGGUUUACGUCUGAAUUGUUUGUUCCUUACAUGGACCCCACUGAUGCAUGGUAUUUUAAGACAUACAUGGAUGCGGGUGAAUACGGGUUCGGGUUGCAAGCUAUGCCACUUGACCCGCUUAAUGAUUGCCCCAGAAAUGCGUAUUAUAUGGAUGGGGUGUUCGCCGCCGGUGAUGGGGUGCCGUAUGUCCGAUCAAAUAUGAUUUGCGUUUUUGAGAGUUACGCCGGUGAUAUAGGGUGGCGUCAUGCCGAGAGUCCAAUCACGGGAAUGGAGAUUAAGGAAGUGCGUCCAAAGGUGACAUUGGUGGUUCGAAUGGCUGCAUCAGUUGCUAACUAUGAUUAUAUUGUUGAUUGGGAAUUCCAAACAGAUGGACUUAUCAGGGUUAAGGUUGGACUGAGCGGCAUUUUGAUGGUGAAAGGGAGUGAAUACGACAACAUGAAUCAAGUGGAAGAGAAUCUCUUCGGCACACUUUUGUCCGAAAACGUCAUCGGUGUCAUCCAUGAUCAUUUCAUCACCUUCUACUUGGACAUGGACAUCGACGGCUCAGAUAACUCCUUCGUUCAACUAAAUAUCAAACGACAAGACACUUCUCCUGGUGAAUCACCAAGGAAAAGCUAUCUCAAAGUUGUAAGAAAUGUUGCUAAAACGGAGAAAGAUGCUCAAAUUCAGCUUAAACUCUAUGAACCUUCGGAGUUUCAUGUGAUCAAUCCGACCAAGAAGACUCGGGUCGGGAACCCCGUCGGAUACAAGGUCGUUCCUGCUGGCACAGCCGCUAGUUUGCUCGAUCAUGACGAUCCGCCACAGAGGAGAGGUGCAUUCACAAAUAACCAAAUAUGGGUCACUCCAUAUAACAGAAGCGAGCAAUGGGCUGGUGGAUUAUUUGUUUACCAGAGCCAGGGUGAUGACACUCUUGCUGUUUGGUCUGAAAGGGAUCGACCGAUAGAGAACAAGGACAUCGUGGUUUGGUACACAUUAGGGUUCCAUCACAUUCCCUGCCAGGAGGAUUUUCCUAUAAUGCCAACGGUGUCGUCGAGCUUCGAUUUGAAGCCGGUUAAUUUCUUCGAGAGCAACCCGAUUCUUCGAACUCCGCCCAAUGUCGAAAAGGAUUUACCAGUAUGCAGGGAUGCAGCUUCUGCAUGAAAAUGAAUUUGUACGUCUUAUCUUAGGUAAUGGUUAGUUAGCAUGGAUGGGGAUCCAUGCUUAAAUAUGGUCAGAGGUUAACGGUAACUCAUGUAAUGGUUGAUAAUGAAUGAACAUCAUCCUUGGUAAUAA